GCCAGUCAGUGCCACCUAUCAGUGCCAGUCAGUGCUGCCUAUCAGUGCCCAUCAGUUCCACCUAACAGUUCCAGUCAGUGCCACUUAACAGAGCCAGUCAGUGCCGCCUAUCAGUGCCAGUCAGUGCCUCCUAUCAGUGCCAGUCAGUGCUGCCUAUCAGUGCCACCUAUCAAUGCCAUCAGUGCCUCCUCAUCAGUGCCCAUCAGUGCCGCCUAUCAGUGCCCAUCACUGCAGCCUCAUUAGCGCACAUAAGUGAAGGA